UUACUCACCUUUUAAAGUAAUUCUCUACUGCUUUAUGUAGAGUUUUUCGUAGCCAAAGCACGUCCUCUAGGGCUGUAGAGUCCGAGGAUGACAUGAAUACGUAGUGAGUAUUCCCUGGUGAAUACUCGAUGAACUCUUGCAGAGAAGUUUCAUUUGUCCACAACGCUUCCAAGAAAGCCGAUCGCUUGGUGAACAGGUGAAAUAUGACCGGGUCGAGAGUUCACAGUUUUUCCCGAAACUUACUGGCAAGUCAACGGAAAAUUUGUCUUGAGUAAACUACGAUGAAUCCCGGGAUUUGAAUGAUCUUACUCAAACUUAGAAGACAUAUAGAGGACCCAUGGGGUUUGAUGAAGCCAAAUUCUUGGAGGCAGCGCGUGAAAUUGACAAUGUAAAUCUGGACGGGUAUGAGUUCUUUACAGAGUCUCUUAAGGAAACUGUACAGUGUAAGAUAUACAGAAAGUAUGACGAGGUUUCUGGAUUAUAUGAAUACAAAAUAACAGGAUUGCUUGAAGAUGUUGGUCUAGAUGUGUGUAAAAACGUUUAUAUGGACUUAGAAUACAGAAAGAAAUGGGAUGGAUAUGUCAAGGAACUUUAUGAAUUUGAUGAUGAUGGAGUCAAGAGUAUUUACUGGAAUGUAAACUAUCCAUGGCCCAUGUCAAACAGAGAUUAUGUAUACACACGAGAAAUGCGUGAAAUGGAAAUAAACAGUAUUCCAACUGUUGUUGUGUUAGCUGAAAGUAAUUCACUUUCCAAGAUUCCAGAAAAAUCAGGGGUUGUGAGAGUGAAAGAAUUUCACCAAAGUCUAGUAAUUCAGAGUGAUGGUAAAGUAGGAACAAAAGCAUUCAUGCAUUACUUUGACAAUCCUGGAGGAAGUAUCCCAACUUGGCUUAUUAACUGGGCUGCAAAGACUGGAGUGCCAACCUUUAUGAACUCAAUGAGAGAUGCCUGUUUAGGUUAUGAGAAAUACACUUCCUCCAAAGGGACUUGACGCAAAGUUGACCGCACUUGCACCAUUUGUGAUUGGCCUAGCAACUACACUAUAUAAUAUUAUGUUUCUACAACCUACUGUUAAGAAGUUCAUCAACUAACUACUUCUGAUCCACCAAAUGGCUGUGGAAAUUCUCAUAUGUUAAGUAGCAGAAAUGUAACUGUAAUUUUUAUGACUAUCAUGUUACAUAAACAUUUUGUGAGGUUUUAUUUUAUCCUAAUUUAUGGGUUAUCCUUGGUCCAAGAGAAAAACCUUUACAAAAUGUGCAUGCAAAUCAAUCAUUGCAAAAAUAAAUUUUUCAUAUCUCAACCAACUCAAAAUACUGAUCUAUAUUUCAACUUCCAUGUGGCUCCUUUCCCUAUCACCCAACAAAUUAGGAAAUUUGAAAAUAAUAGUUCUCUUUUUUUGUCAUGUUCUACUUUUUGAACAAGCAAUUGCAAAAGAAGGUUUCCAGAAGAAGAGUGGAUAGUACUUUACAGACUGUUGCAUGUAUGUACAAUAUUUUUUUUGAUACAU